AUGGUUUGCCUCCCAAACCCGCCGCCGGAUGGCUUUCCGGGAGGCGGUGGCCAGCGCGUGGCGGCAGUAGGAGCUGAUAAGGAUCGUGUAGGUGAAGAUGUCCGGCGGGCAUCUAAAUCCGGGCAGCUUCAUCUGCUCGAAGAUGGAUUUUGCCCUUUUGAAGAAAUUGACUCUGCAGAGAGCUUGAAUUACCGUGUUGUAGGCUCGGACGUCCGGCGAGCAGUGGAAUUGCUUCACCUUGUAGAAGGCGGAGAGGGCUUGGGUUUUGACGAGGCAGGACAUGAUGGAGGUGGUGACGAGGUCGCGAUUCUCGUGUCGCCACCUCAACAUGUUCUUGAGGAAAUCCCAGAGAAGGUUCAUUCGACUGCCUUUGGCGAGGAUGAUCGCCAUCUCGCGGCAGGUCCGCUCAUCGUGCCGGAAGUCGAACCGGUUCUCGACCCAGUACAAGAACUCGAGCGCCUUCUCGAGGCCGAGAUUCAGGAGCUUGGGGUCUCUGUGGGCCGAGGAUUAGGGAGCUUGUUUUGCGAUUGGUUGUUUCUUGCUUGA